GGAGAUUUUGCGGAGAUGUUUAAUAUUCAGGUCACAUGACGAUGGCAGCAGGAGCAGCACCAGCAUCCCCGCUCUGCUGAAAUAGCCACUGGAGAAGGAAGGGAAGGAGAGUGGGGGAGAACAGGACACAGGGAAGAAAGAGUAAGGUAAAAGCAAGCAGAGCCUUGUAGCCCACCGUACUACUUCAUCAGCAUCAGGCUAGAAAAGUGGGGGGAGAUCCACCCCCUUGCGAGAGGAUUCGGAGACAAAGGAAGCUUCAUGUUCAAAGGACCAGUGGAGAACAAAAACGAAGCAGCCAUGUCUGAGCUGGUCCCAGAGCCACGACAAAAACCAGUUGUACCGAUGAAACCCAUGGGCAUCAACGCCAGCUUGCUGGGCUACAUCGGUAUUGACACCAUCAUUGAGCAGAUGCGCAAGAAAACCAUGAAGACAGGUUUCGACUUCAACAUCAUGGUUGUAGGUCAGAGCGGACUGGGAAAAUCAACGUUGGUGAACACGCUCUUCAAAUCCCAGGUGAGCCGCAAAUCUUCAGGCUGGAACCGUGAGGAGAAGAUCCCCAAGACGGUGGAGAUCAAAGCCAUUGGGCAUGUCAUUGAAGAAGGUGGUGUCAAAAUGAAGCUUACAGUUAUUGACACGCCAGGAUUUGGGGACCAGAUCAACAAUGAGAACUGCUGGGAGCCUAUUGAGAAAUACAUCAAUGAGCAAUAUGAAAAAUUUUUGAAAGAGGAGGUGAAUAUUGCAAGGAAGAAACGAAUUCCAGACACGCGAGUGCACUGCUGCCUCUACUUCAUCUCCCCUACAGGCCACUCCUUGCGGCCUUUGGACCUGGAGUUCAUGAAACAUCUCAGCAAGGUAGUGAACAUCAUCCCAGUUAUUGCCAAGGCUGACACCAUGACCUUGGAGGAAAAGACUGAAUUCAAACAAAGAGUGCGCAAAGAACUCGAAGUAAAUGGGAUCGAGUUUUAUCCCCAGAAAGAAUUUGAUGAGGACUUGGAGGAUAAAACAGAGAACGACAAAAUCAGGCAGGAAAGCAUGCCCUUUGCAGUAGUGGGCAGCGACAAGGAGUACCAAGUGAAUGGCAAAAGAGUCCUGGGCAGGAAAACACCUUGGGGAAUCAUUGAAGUGGAAAACCUCUCUCACUGUGAAUUUGCUCUACUUCGAGAUUUUGUCAUCAGGACCCACCUUCAGGACCUAAAAGAAGUGACCCACAACAUCCACUAUGAGACCUAUAGGGCCAAACGGCUGAAUGACAAUGGAGGGCUGCCCCCCAUGACUGUUGAGACAGAGGAAAAUCAUGAAAGUAACCUGUGAAUGAUCCUCCUCCCCGCUAUCACCCAGUGUCUCUGGAUAUGACAUCCCACCCCUGCUAUCCUUGACUCUGCCAUGGACCUGUCUCUGAAGCAUGUGGCACAUCCUCCGUGGGCGUGAGAGGAUGCAAGUGUGAGUGUGUGCAGGCGUGCAUGUGCCCACCGGUGUGCCGGAGAGGGACCAAGGGCACCUCCCCCACCCUUCCCAGAGUGUCCUCAUUCUCAGUUUGUUUUUUGCACAGUGGACUGUCCGUCAUCUUCCCUUCUCUCUUUUCUGUGUCUCAGCUGUGUGUCUUGCCUGGGGCAAACAGGGUUGGGGGGGAGGAUUUCUGGGUGCAUGGAUAUUGGAGGUGGGAGGUAUGGGGCAUGCUGUGGUCCUGUUUUUAUCACUUGGAGACAUGGUAAGGAGAGACUCCAGGAGAGAUGGUGAAGUCAGUGCAUGCAGUGCUUCCAAGAGACGUCAGCAGAGAUUUCUCUUGGAUGUUCCAUGGGUGUAAAGGCAGCUGGUUGCUCUGAGGGCAUGGUGGCCUGGCAUUUUAUCCCCAUUUCUUGCUGUGGCUUCCCAAGGGGAAAUGGCACCUUGGAAGUGGAUAGGUAAGAGAAGACUGACACGUUUUAUGGUUCAGAGCAAGUGAUUAGUGGGAGGAGACAAAUUAGUUCUUGGGCUGUAGCAUCUAUUUGAGAAGCAUCAAAGUACUUGGGGAAAAUAUAUGUAUUUUCGAAAAGAAGCAAAACCCAGAGGAAAAGAACACGUGCCCAUUGCAGAGGGUGCAUUUGCCCUGCCCAGUGCUAAAGUCAAAAGCCAUGCUUGUGUCACAGGCAUUUGACUCUGUGCAGAUCAGACCAAGCUGUCCUGGGGUCACCUCACCUCCUGGGGUCACCCCAUCCCAUUGCUGCAAUCCCCCAUUGCAGUGGUCUCUCCACCAGCAGUGAGCACACCCCAGGCAACCUUACUCUGACCUUUACCCAACAUGGCCCCUCUGCUGUGAGUGCAGGAAAGAUAGUGACAUGGGGGAUCCCUGCUGGGAGCUCCCACAGGGACAGCUCCACUCGGCACAGGGCCUUGAGGAUCUUGAGAGGAGUGAGAAGAGCUAUGGAUUGAGAAGCACUGGGCCAGGGUGUCUCCCUGGGUCUUCACUGAUGGUGGAGACGCAAGAGAUACCUCUUCCUCAUUGACAUGGCUGCACUUGUUAUUGCAGCAGUCUCAGGGCUGUUCUUCUGUCCUCCUACUGUCCUGUGUCUUCCUCAACUCCUGUGCUUUUAUUCUCAUUCCCUUUUAGCCCUCCAUAGCUUUCUUCCUUCCUUUCUUUCCCUAUCUCACUUUCUCAGCUCUUUACCCUUUCUCUCUCUCCUUCAUUUCUCCAAGAACUUGAAUAUUCCUCUUCUCCAGGCUGUUUCCUCCCUCUCCCAAGCUCUCAUAUCUUCUUAAUAAUGUGCUUUUGUGCCCUGUUGAGGAGCUGUCAUUUUACCUUCCCCAGAGUAGAAAAAGGCACAGCUUUACUGAAGACUACAUGCCUGUGUCUAGCUGGUGUGAGCUGUUUUCUGGAUGUCCCUGAGUGAGGUGGAAAGUUGGGUCUGUCUUGGGCAGAAGGGAGGGGGGGGGAGAAGAUCAGAGAUGUCCUGAGUUUGGCAGUGUCUGUCUGUCUCUGCACGUCACAUGGCUGGCAGGGGUUGUCCCCUCCAGGAGACAACUUAAAAUGCAGGGGCAGAAUGCCAUGGUGUGGGAUGGCAGCACUGUGAGUAAGGGGGAGUGCGGUCGGUUUGGGAUGGAGGCUGGAAUGCCUGAUGAGGGAGGGAGGAAGGAAGAGGGAACAGCAAAUGAGCAGCGGAGGGGGACUCAAGUCAAGCCCGAGGCUGCUUGACAGAGUGGUACAGGGGCCAGGGCUGGAAACAGGGUGCUCCAAGCCUUAGCAAAGCUGUCUAAGAGUACAUAUCCAUCUUGUGGCUUUCUCUGGUGCUGUCACUGCAAAGCAAAGGUCUCUUCACUCUCACUCUCACUUGUCCGUGCAAAUCAGCCAUGCUCAGCACCACUAGGAUGCGGGGGCCAUACCGGCUCCCUGUAGUGCUUUCACCACCCACAUUCACAGCUCCCGGUGUUCCUGUAUGCAGUGUGUGCACAUAGCCAUGCAGCCCCCUUCCCCCUGCACCAGGCCUCCUCAGGCCUGCAAGAAACAAGAGCCUUGUCACCAGCGCCAGCAGCCGUACCAUGGACCCUGCAGAAACCAUCCUGCCACACUGCUCCCCAUCCUGCCACACAACGAGCCACCCUCAGCCCAAGGCCAUCAAAGACAUCCUCAUCAAAGACAUCAGGGCUGUUUCUUCACAGCACCGAAGCACGAAGCCAUGUUCUGUGUUCAUCGCCCUGGCUGCAGUGUGGUAAUUUCUAAGACUUUUGAGCCCAAACAAGAAUUAUGGCAGAGAGACAAUGCUGCCCUGCUUAAAGCAAGCAAAGCAGGCUCACACAACAGAAGAGAGAUAUUUUCCUGUAAUGUAGAUUGCAAGGAAAAGGCAGUGUGUUUUGCCCUGUAGGUUUAGGAAUUUUUAUUUGUUUGUAAUAAGGUGGUUUUUAUGCUCUGCUCUGUAAUUUCUUGUUAGAUCAUGGACUACUUCUAAAGGAUCCGUAAAAGCUCGCUGACAAACGCAAGCUCAGGUAUUCCUCACUGCCAUCUGCUCAUGCCAAUAUCCUACUGACAACUGUGUAUCUACCAGGAAGUCUACAAAUGGCAAAUUCAAAAAAAAAUCCCAGGUUGCACGACAACUGGAGAUACUGUGGGGAAGAAGUCUCUGUCGAUGGAUAAGCUGAGAAAAGCCUGAAUCGUGCGCCACCAGCUGAGUUCCAGGAUGACCACAGGAAGCCAGCUGUUCCCCCGAAAUAUCCCCUGAACAAUAUCACGGAGGGACAGAGUCAAAACCUUAUACCACAGGUGCCCACUCAGCGCGUCCAGAGACUCACAAACUCUCCACCACACACGCCGUUCGCCGGAAAAACUUGGCCAAGCACACGGCAAUUCCUGGACAACUUCCACUGAGGCCAAGGCGACGGCGGACAGGCGCGGUUACGCUGAGCAGAGCGAGCGAGCAGAGCGAGCAGGGCUGCGCCAAGGCAUCAGUGCCCGCGACUCGCUACGUGCGGCCCG